GCGACCUUCACCUCGUAUUGUCAACAUCAGUUACAAACUAACGAUGAGUCUCAGAACCCAAUUUACUGUCAAGAAAAUAAAACAUGUUCACGAUAUGUUUAAGAUAUUCAGCUGUCAUCUAUGUGGCACCUCUAAAUUGUCUGCCAAUAAACUGUCAGAGGAGCAGAGGAAGAAGAUCCUAGAAGGACCUGACCUUGCUGAUUUCAUAGAGGCCACCUUCGCAGAGGAUGGUUUUGGUGAAAAUGUUGUACAAAAGAGAGGGGAAAGGGUCAGGCUUCCAAAAUGGUUGCAGACAAACAUUCCUGUGGGGAAAAAUUAUCACAGAAUCAAACAAAAUCUCAGAGAGCUUAAUCUUCAUACAGUAUGUGAAGAGGCCAAGUGUCCGAACAUUGGUGAGUGCUGGGGCGGCGGGGAGCAUGGGACAGCCACUGCAACCAUCAUGGUGCUUGGGGACACUUGCACACGGGGCUGCCGCUUCUGCUCAGUGAAGACAGCCCGUAAUCCCCCACCCCCAGACCCAAACGAACCCAAGAACACAGCCAAUGCCAUUGUGUCGUGGGGACUUGACUAUGUGGUUCUCACUUCGGUUGACAGAGAUGACAUCCCAGAUGGUGGAGCCGCUCAUUUUGCAGAAACUGUCCGAGAAAUCAAGAAAGGAAAGCCAUCAAUGCUGGUGGAGUGUUUGACUCCAGACUUUGGCGGGAACCUAUCUUGUGUGGAGACAGUGGCUGGCUCGGGGCUUGAUGUGUAUGCCCACAAUAUGGAGACUGUAGAGGACAUGCAGAGGCUUGUGAGAGAUCCGCGUGCAAACUAUCGACAAUCACUAUCUGUUCUGGAGCAUGUGAAGAAGGUCAACCCGGACAUGGUGACGAAGACAUCCAUCAUGCUGGGGCUAGGCGAGAGUGACGCCCAGGUUAUUAGGGUCCUUGAAGAUCUGAGGAAGAUUGAUGUUGACUGCCUCACACUAGGCCAGUAUAUGCAGCCAACAAAAAGGCAUUUAAAGGUGAAGGAGUACAUUCAUCCUGACAAGUUCAAGGCGUGGGAGGAAGUGGGUAACAAGAUGGGGUUUGCCUACACUGCUAGUGGCGCUCUGGUUCGCUCCUCAUACAAGGCUGGCGAAUUUUUCCUGAAGAAUCUCCUGGAGAAACGCAGGUCAGCAACAACUGUGGCAAACGAAACCAAUAAGAUAUAAUUCAUGGGAUGAAACUGGCUGUAAAUCCUGAAUGUCAUUGAUGCACAAUGUGAGACAGUUACACACCUGUGAUAAAGAGUUAUUGGGAAUCAUGGUUUCGUCUUAUUAAUUUGUUAUCCCCUACUGUGUGAUGUCAGAUGUAUGUUUCAGGUAUUGGAAAGAAAAGUUAUGGAUUUGGUGUCUUACUGGGUGAUAUUAAACUGUUGUGUUAUGUGGGUAAAUUCUGUUUUAAGUCCUAGUGAAUAGAUUGAUAAAUGAUCUGCCCAUAAAGUAGUGCUGUACAUUUGUUGAUUGUUUUAUUGAAUAAAUGUAAUUG